CUCCCCCGGGACUACCCGUCCCGGCGUGCACCGCGCCAGGCCACGCCCCCUCGCGGCUCGGAGGGCGCGGGAGCUGGAGCCAUGCGCCUCUCGGCCGUGCUGGCUGCGGCGCGGCUGCCCGCCGGUUACCGGCACGGCACGUGGCCCCCCGACACCGCGGCCGCCAAGCACCGCAACCCGCCGGGCAAGCAGCGCCGCAGGGUCAUCGUGGAGCCCAUCGCCAGCGAGGACUGGAAGGUGUUCCAGGGGGACACGGUCCAGGUCCUGAGCGGGAAGGACGCGGGGAAGCAGGCGAUGGUCACCCAGGUGGUGCGAGCCCGCAACUGGGUGGUGGUGGAAGGGCUGAACACGCACUACCGCUACAUCAACCGCACCACCAAGUACAGCGGCACCUACGUUGCCAGCGAGGCGCCGCUGCUGCUCAGCCAGAUCUCCCUGGUGGACCCCGAGGACCGCUGCUGUUUGCCGUCAGGAAGCCCACGGAGGUGCAAUGGCGCUACACGGAGGAGGGCGAGCGCGUCCGCGUGUCCCUGCGCAGCGGCCGCAUCAUCCCUUUGCCGCUGCAGCAGCGCCGCGACGGCAUCGUCCCCGAGCAGUGGAUCGAUGGCCCAAAGGACACGUCGGUGGAGGAUGCGAUGGAGAAGACGUACGUGCCGUCUCUGAAGACCUUUGAGGAGGAGAUCAUGGAUGCAAUGGACAUCGUGGAGACGCGCCGGGCUAAGAAAUCUUACUGGUAUUAACUGGGGGGGGACUGGACCACCCCCCCCAGGGUAAUAAACACCUCUCACGUUGCCCC